AACAGGACUUUUAUUUUAGUCUUAAGAUAUGACGUCAUACGGCUGCGCCGCGCUCCUGCGUUUGUUGUGGUUCAGCUGAAGAAAGAUAAACUCCUGGUGAAGCAACUGAGAUCUACAUGACACACUAUUAUAAAGAUGGCGUUUAUUAAAGAGGAGGGUGAAGAAAUGAAGAUUGAAGAAACAUUCAGAGUCAAACAAGAAGAUACUGAGACACAAACAGGACUCUCAACUGAAUUUUCGGCUAAGCCCUGCUGUGCGAAUGGAACCAGACGGGACAACUAGUUUUCUGUAACGUCAUUCAUUGUGAGAGAGCCGCCCUGCGCUGAACGCAGGUUCAGUCAUUUUUGCACGGAUAUAAUCGACCUGAUGGCACUGAAAGAGGAGGCUGAGGUACAGAAUGAAAUGGAAGAGAAAGAUCAAUAUAACCAUGAUCAUAAUUUCAUAACUGGAGAAAAAAUUUUUAGUUGCUCACAGCCUGAAAAGACUUCCUCAUUAAAAGGAACUCAAAAGGAAGGAACUAGAAGUCAGUUCAUCUGCCAACAGUGUGGAAAGAGUUUCAAUCAAAAAGGACACUUUAAAGAGCACAUGAGAAUUCACACUGGAGAGAGCCCAUUUAUCUGCAACCAUUGUGGAAGCAGAUUCAAUCAAAGAGGAAGCCUUAACAGGCACAUGAGAACUCAUACCGGAGAGAAGCCUUACACGUGUCCUCAUUGUGGAAAGAGUUUCAGUCAAAGAGGACACUUUAAAGACCACAUGAUAAUUCACACUGGAGAUAAGCCUUAUACCUGCCAACAGUGUGGAAACAGAUUCACUCGAAAAGAAAGCCUUAACAGGCACAUGAGAGUUCACACUGGAGAGAAACCCUACAUGUGCACUCAGUGUGGAAAGAGUUUCAAUCAAAAAGGACACUUUGAAGAACACAUGAGAAUUCACACUGGAGAGAGCCCUUUUAUGUGCCAACAGUGUGGACACAGAUUCAAUCAUAGAGGAAGCCUUAACAGGCACAUGAGAGUUCACACUGGAGAGAAGCCUUACACGUGUCCUCAAUGUGGAAAGAGUUUCAGUCAACAUGGAAAUCUUGUAAACCACAUGAAAAUUCACACUGGACAGAGCCUUUUCACGUGCCAGCUGUGUAAAAUAAGUUUCACUCUUAAAGGAAACCUUAAAAAACACAUGAUAACUCACACUGGAGAGAAGUUGUUUAGAUGUCAUUUAUGUGAAAAGACUUUUGGAUAUAAGGUAACCCUUAAGUACCACAUGAGGAUUCAUGUAUGAAAGAACUGUUUUAUAUCUCAAAAUUGUGGUAUGAGUUUUACUGUAAGGAAUCAAGUAAUUUCAUGUGCCAUCACUGUGAAAUGAAGUGCAUAAAUAAAGCAAACCUUGAGGUUUA